AUGUCUCAAGUGCAAAGUCCUGUAACGGCAACGAACUCCGGUUUAGCUGUCAAUAAUAUUUCUAACACAAUGAACUCACAAAUGCCUAAUCGUAGCAAUGUUAGACUGGUCAAUGGUACUUUACCUCCUUCACUGCACGUCAGCUCAAAUUUAAACCACAACACUGGUAACAGCUCCGCCUCUCAUUCCGGUUCACAGUCUCGCGACGAUUCUACUAUAGUUGGAUUGCACUAUAAGAUAGGUAAAAAAAUUGGUGAAGGUUCAUUUGGUGUGCUUUUCGAAGGUACAAACAUGAUCAAUGGGCUACCAGUGGCUAUCAAAUUUGAACCGAGGAAAACCGAGGCUCCACAACUAAAGGACGAAUAUAGGACCUAUAAAAUUUUAGCAGGAACUCCUGGUAUACCUCAAGCAUAUUAUUUUGGUCAAGAAGGCCUGCAUAAUAUAUUAGUUAUUGAUCUUUUGGGCCCCUCUUUGGAGGAUCUGUUCGAUUGGUGUGGAAGGAGAUUUUCGGUGAAAACUGUAGUACAAGUUGCGGUACAAAUGAUAACCUUAAUUGAAGAUUUGCACGCUCAUGAUUUGAUAUAUCGUGAUAUUAAACCUGAUAAUUUCCUGAUUGGGAGACCGGGUCAAUCAGAUGCUAACAAGGUUCAUUUAAUCGAUUUUGGCAUGGCUAAACAGUAUCGUGAUCCAAAGACUAAACAACAUAUCCCAUACAGGGAAAAGAAAUCAUUAAGCGGCACAGCAAGAUAUAUGUCUAUAAAUACUCAUUUGGGUAGAGAACAAUCCAGAAGAGACGAUAUGGAAGCGAUGGGUCAUGUUUUCUUUUAUUUCUUGAGAGGUCAAUUACCAUGGCAAGGUUUGAAAGCACCAAAUAACAAGCAGAAAUACGAAAAGAUCGGUGAAAAGAAAAGGUUAACGAACGUUUACGAUUUAGCUCAGGGCCUACCAAUACAAUUUGGCAGGUAUUUGGAAAUUGUCAGAAAUUUAUCGUUUGAGGAAACUCCUGAUUAUGAAGGCUACCGUAUGCUACUUUUAUCUGUACUGGAUGAUUUAGGCGAAGCAGCAGAUGGUCAAUAUGAUUGGAUGAAAUUAAAUGGUGGUCGUGGUUGGGAUUUGUCGAUAAACAAGAAGCCAAACUUGCACGGUUAUGGACAUCCAAAUCCACCAAACGAAAAAUCAAAAAGGCAUAGAAGCAAAAACCAUCAAUAUUCAUCACCUGACCACCACCACUAUAAUCAACAGCAACAAGCCCAAGCCCAAGCCCAGGCCCAAGCCCAAGCCCAAGCCCAAGCCCAGGCAAAAGCGCAACAACAACAGCAAUUGCAACAAGCUCAGGCCCAACAACAAGCAAAUCGUUACCAAUUACAACAAGGUGAUUCUCAUUAUGAUGAGGAAAGAGAAACAUCCAAGCUCGAUCCAACUUCAUACGAAGCAUAUCAGCAACAGACUCAACAAAAGUAUGCUCAGCAACAGCAAAAGCAAUUGCAACAAAAAUCUAAACAGUUUGCUAAUACAAAUGUUAAUGGUCAAACUAACAAGUAUCCAUAUAAUGCGCAGCCAACAACCAACGACGAACAGGAAGCCAAAAACGCAACGCAAGAUAGAAAUAGUAAUAAAUCGUCGAAGGGAUUUUUCAGUAAGCUGGGAUGUUGUUGA